AUGUCUGAUAAUGAGAGUGCACUUGUUAAUCUAUUAAAAAAACGUAUAAAUGUUUUAACUUACAAAACAUUAGAUGAAAAUGAAUAUAAUCAAACUUAUUUUAAACAUUCUGGUUUAACAAAUGUUGAUAUUCGAUCCUAUCAAUUAUAUGGAAUUCGAUGGCUUAUUGAGCGAUAUGAAGUAGGACAUGGAGCAAUUCUAAGUGAUGAAAUGGGUCUUGGAAAAACAUUACAAACAAUUGCAUUUUUAUUAUAUGUAUGUAAAGUAAAGAAACAAUUGCCAUGUCUUGUAAUUAGUCCACUAUCUGUCUUACAAAAUUGGACAAAAGAAUUAUCACGAUUUGCUCCUGGAUUAAAUGUACAAAUAUACACCGGUGCCAAAGAUGAACGAAAUGAACUAGCUGAAACGAUCAAAAAAUCUACAUUCGAUAUUUUAUUAACAACAUAUGAAUAUAUUAUAAAAGAUACAUCAUUUUUUCAAUCGUUUACUUGGAAAGUUUUAAUUAUUGAUGAAGCACAUCGAAUUAAAAAUUCUCAAUCACUUUUACAUGGAACUCUCAAAACGUUGAAUGCAUCAUGUCGAAUUCUCCUUACUGGUACACCAAUUCAGAAUAAUCUAUCUGAACUUUAUUCAUUAUUAUCAUUCUGUGCACCGAAUAUAUUUCAUCCAAGACAUCAUGAAGAUUUUGUACAAUAUUUUCGUAAUAUUAAUACAGAUGAAACUCGUAAGAAAAUCUUAAUUGAUCUUUUAAAACCAUUUAUUUUACGACGAUUAAAACGUGAUGUUCUUACUGAUUUACCAAAUAAAACUGAAUUAAUGAUUUUUCAUGAUUUAUCAAAAGUUCAAAAAGAACUUUAUAAGGCUAUAUUAACAAAAAAUCGAUCAAUAUUUGGUUCGAGUGAAGCAGGAAGUAAAACAAGUUUAGUGAAUAUAAUGAUGCAAUUAAGAAAAGCUAUUGGACAUCCAUAUUUAUUUCCUGGUAUUGAACCUGAACCAUUUGAAAUGGGUGAACAUUUAAUUGAAGCAAGUGGUAAACUUCAUAUUUUGGAUCAUCUUCUUGCACAUUUAUAUGCUAAAAAACAUAAAGUACUUUUAUUUUCACAAUUUACAACUGUUCUCGAUAUUUUACAAGAUUAUUUAACUUAUCGUGAAAUCUAUAAAUAUGAACGUUUGGAUGGAUCGGUACGAAGUGAAGAAAGAUUUUUAGCUAUUAAUAAUUUCAGUGUCAAUGAUGAUACAUUUAUAUUUUUAUUGAGUACAAAAGCAGGUGGUGUUGGUUUAAAUCUUGUUGCAGCUGAUACAGUUAUAUUUUAUGAUUCGGAUUUCAAUCCACAAAAUGACUUACAAGCAGCUGAUCGAUGUCAUCGUAUUGGACAGAAAAGACCAGUACGAAUUAUUCGUCUUGUUUGUCAAAAUUCGUUUGAAGAGGUAAUUCUUCGUCGAGCAGAAGCAAAAUUAAAAUUAUCUAAAACAAUUAUGGAAAAUAGUGAAUUAUCAUCUGGUUUAAAUACAGUCAUAGAAACGAAAACACAACUUCAAGAUGUACUUAGAAUUGGUAUUGAUAAAUUAUUAGAUGAAACAGAACAGAUGGAUUAUACUAAAAUUGAUUUCGCUGCUAGUCUUGGUAAAACAGAUAAAAAUGGUCAUUGGCUUGCUGUUGAAGAGAAUAAAGAAAAUGAAAAUGAAGAUAAACAAUUUCAAUCGACAGAUAUUAAUGAUGAUAAUAUGUACAUAUUCGAAGGUGUUGAUUAUCGUAAUGCUGCUAAAAAAGUUGAUAUUGAUCUAUUUGAUCGUCUUAUUAUUAAUGAUGAAAAUGAAAAUAGUACAGCAACUAGUUCAUCAAAUCAACGUUUUACCGAACGAACAUCACGACGUCAAAUGACUGAAGAAGAAAAAGCAGCACGUGCAGCUAAAAUUCGUGAAACAAAAGCUCAACGAAAACAAGAAAUAGAAGAAGCAGAACGAAAACGUGAAGAACGACGUAAAGUGAGAAUAGAACAAUUAUGGGCAUCAAAGAACUAUAGUUCAUGUCGUGUGUCUAUAUCAGAUGAUGAAGAUGAAGAAACUGAUGAAACAGAACUAACAGAUACUGAAGAUGAUAGUACUGGUGAAACGAAGUUACACUAUAUAUUUGGUGAUGUAAUGAAACCUCAAUUACAUGGAGAGAAAUGUGCUAUUUCAGUUCAUUGUGUUGAUGAUUCUGGUCGAUGGCCAUCCAAAGGUGUAUUUGCUUCAAUUUCUCAACGUUCAAAAGAACCAGAAAAACAAUAUACACUUGCUUCAGAAAUGCAAGAUAUUCAUAUGGGUGAUACUCAUCUAAUUUCAUUGAAUGAUUGUGGUGUUGAUGAUGAUGAUGAAUUAUUAUGUGAUCAAUAUGUAGCUUUGAUUGUUGCUCAACAUCGAAAUAAAUUUGAUUUUACUGCUCUCGAUUCGGCUCUUAGAAGUCUAGGUAAAACAGCAAAAGAAUUUAAAGCAACUGUUCAUUUACCUCGUAUUGGUGUUGGUUCUCAUGGUUUUAAUUGGUAUGGUACUGAAAAAUUGAUCAAAAAAUAUUUAUCUUCUCGUGGUAUUCCUACAUAUAUUUACUAUUUCAAACGUGAAAGUAUUACAACGAAUAAUAAACGAUCAAAUGAACAAUCAUAUGGAAAUAGUAAACGAUUAUCUAUUGAAAAGAGCAUAAACAAUAAAAAUCAAUUAAAACUUCAUUUGCCUAGUUAUCUAUCUGGUGUAAACAUCUUUUUUCAUGAUAUUGAUGAGAAUACAAAAAAAAGAUUACAACGUUUUGUUUAUGCUUUUGAUGGUGAUGUUAAUGAAAUAGCGGAUCCUAAUGCAACAACACAUAUUUUAGCUCCAGGUAAUUGUCAAGACAUACUCGCUUUACAAGAUGCUUGUCCAAAUGCUCGUGUUAUUAAUAUCGAAUGGCUUGAUGCAUGUGUCAGUCAGGGAACACGACUCAAUACAGAUAUUUAUGAACUGUGA